AUGCCGUUACCGAUGGCUGAUUUGGGUGAUGAACACAUUUGGGGUCAACGCGAACCAGUUGAUUGUUUCACGUUGAAGCAUAAUAUGCUCGAAGUGAGCACAAAUCCACAACAGUACGAAAUGGUAAUGAAUAUAAUCAAUCAGUUGGUAUUGUUCGUUGAUCCACGAAAGAAGGAAAUGGACGGGCGUAGACAGCGAUUGCGAUUCCAAUGGCUUACGAAAAGUGCCGACGAGGUG